GAGAAUUUGAUUAAACUCGAUCUACAUGACUGGGUCUGCUCCCAGACUGUUCCUAAAGCCCUCUCACAACGGUAAUCAGUCUUGCCGGUCAAGCUGAAUGCGCAAGGCCUUCAAAAUUCGCCCUGUCAGGGUCGUUCGUAAGUUCUCUUGCUAGACCUUCAUCGAGCGCUUUCGCAAAUAUGGCGCAAUACAACUCGAGAAGAGCGGAACCUCCACUCGUGGACAAGAUUCUCCAGUCUGGCAAAGAGGCUUUUGACCCUACAUUAUCUCCUGACGCGAGAAGGUCUAAUGCUCAGAGCUUGCUUGCUCUGCUCGAUGGCACGAGUACACUGUCUCUCAUGCCAGUCUUAAAUCUCUUAAUCCAGCCUGGUCGAGUGCCGGAGGAGCUUCACGCGAUAUUGAUCUCUACCCUGGCUCGGUUACCACUCCGGCCACGAGGUGUCCAACAUACCAUCGAGUUCGUUCUGUCAGUACAUCCAAGUACCAGCAAUGCAGCAGGUGGAACAGGCAGAGGAUCCAGUAUCUCUCACGAAGCUCUAAAUGCAUCGUCACGUCUGUUGUCUUCGCCGCCUGCAGGAAUGUCAGCCCAAGAGUGGUUUGAUGGCAUAGCACCGCAGCUCUUCUCUCUACUUCAAGGAGAAGGUGAGCCGGGCAUGGACAAAGCUGCUGCGUACAUUAUAGGAUUUGGGAUUCUGGGUAGAAAACAAUUUGGUGCACCCGGCAUGCCGGGCUGGAAUGCUUUCGUCGAACCCGUAAUAGGAUCGAUCGAUCCGUUGCUUUCAAAAGCCAACUCAAUUGGUCCAACUCCGAAAGAUCCCAUUGAGUUUAUCGGAAGUCGUAGGGUUCUUGUGCCGGCUCAAGAACUUGCUAGAAGCCUCAGCAUUUUGAGUACUUUGGUGACCUCCCAUCCCCAUCCCUCGUUGAGCAAAAGACUCCUGAGACCAGUACUUCUACCUCUUUGGUAUCUCUCCUCUUGGGAACCUUCCAAAGAGGAGUCUCUGACUGCUUACCGCAAGCCAGCCACAGUACUCUUGAAAGUAGUGCUCCAGUUGUUCCCUACAACGACCGAGUUAAAACCUAAGGGUCUGAAGAAUGGACUGCUAUCCUCUAUUCUGCAAAAUCUCACCUCUAAAGGAAGGACAGAAUCUGGGCGGCUGUCUUGGACUUAUGCUUCUGACCAUGAUGGUAUUCGCAUCGAUGAGGUAGAUCCGAAAGAUGAUGUGCAAUUGGAGAGCAUCGAUGGGAAAGUCAACGCUUUUAUCGAACUACUCAACAGUAUACCUGAGCUUGAGUCAGAUAUCUCGGAUCUAUUCAUGGUGUUGUGUAGGAACUGGUUUGCGACCAAUGCAAACUCCAGCAAGCCUUUGAUAUUCAUGCAAAUGCAACCAGAAGACUCCUUGAAAGACGUCCAGGAUCGCCUUGUUGAGGCAAAACUAAUACAGCAGAUGAUUUCAAAAUGCCCAAAUAAGUUGGUAGGCGACUCCAUCCAGGUCCUUGAGCUGAUCAACCAAGUGUUCUCGGACUUUCUUUCGGCGGAUCCGGGCAAGGAGAACGAGGCUGGAGUUUCACUCAGCCUCCUGAACAUUGUCCUAACAGCGCCAAGCUUUCGGCCCAAUACCGAAGUGGACGCUCUGAUGGAUUCAAUAAAAGUCUCCUUAGACAAGAUAGGCAAGAUGACUCAGUUGGAAAUAUCAGCAACAGCACGGAAUCUUCUACUAUUUCUUACCUAUCGUAAUUCGAUGGAGGACCCGGGUACCGAACCUCUGAGCACACCGACUUCUCGACAAGUAGAAGAUCGCAAGACCUACAGUCUCGGUAUGUCCUAUCUUACAGCAACCGACUCGCCUCCACCCGUUCGUGCUCAAGGUCUCGAGUUGAUAACCACUCUCAUUCGAGCCAACAGCUCAAUCUUGGAUAUCCCAGCUUUACUUGUCCUCUUCUCAUCAUUGUUGCAAGACGAUGAAGAAUACAUCUACCUCAAAGCUAUACAAUCCUUGGACCAACUGUCUCAGAAGCAUCCCAAAGCGGUUAUGAAAGAUCUCAUUGAUCGAUAUGUCGAUCCUACGGAAGAAUAUGAUCUCGAUCAACGACUUAGACUCGGUGAGGCACUACAUCAUGUCAUGAAAAGUAACUACCUUGCGUUGACUGGAGAAUUAUCUCAGUCGGUAUGUGAGGGACUGUUAUUUAUUGCCAGUCGACGUGGCUACCGACCAAAAUCUGAACGCCAGCAAGCAAAAAAGAACAAACUGAAACGUAAACAAAACGCUGCAGCAGAAGAAGCGUGGGGCGGAGAUGUACCACAACUUGAUGAGGUACUGGAGGCGGAAACGCAAGCUGACGAAGAAAUUCUCUCCCAGAUUGUCGGAGGAUGGGAAAGUAAGCGUGGUAUGGAAGAUGUUCGAAUCCGUACUUCAGCCCUCGCUAUCCUUGGUUCCGCUAUCGAAGCAAAUGUUGAAGGUGUAGGAUCAAAGAUUGUCUCUACAGCCUUGGAUCUCAGUAUCCACAUCUUGACUCUAGAGCCCGAACCAGAAAAAGGUAUCUUACGCCGCUCUGCUAUCCUUCUGAUCAUGAGCUUCAUCAGAGCUUUAGACUCGGCGAGUCGUGAAAGAAAGAAGUUAGGCUUUGGGUUGGUUGGUCAGAGUCUCGAGGAUGUGCAAAGGAUUCUGGAAUAUGUCGAAGCCUCAGAUAAUGAUGGGCUAGUAAAGCAGCAUGCUAGGGAUGUGAUUGAAGGGUUGCAGGCUUGGCAAAUGAAUAUUUUGAUUCCGCCACAAAAAGAGGACACAGAAUUGAAGGAACUGGCUGGACUGUCUAUUACACCGCGAGGUUUGGAGGACUCUACUGGGAGAAUACGACCUAGGAUCGAAGAGAUCGAAGAGAGGUAGAAAUGAGCUUCUGGUAGGUUGGAUGUUGGACCAACCUUAUCCUCGAAGAGAGCUGCCCGAUGGCGGGCAUAUAGAAUAUAGCAAAUUCUAUGGGACCUAUCCGAACUUG